UAAUUUGCGGAACUCAGUGCGCAUGUGUGUAGGUUUGGCACAUGCACUGCACGUUCAGCAGAAACGACAUUUUGCAUUGACACUAAAUCUAAGAUCCGGGACACACGGCUAACGAUGUCGACAUCAACGAAAAGAGACAAAAAUAAAGAGCUGCCAAUCUAUGACCCGGAGGGGCUGGAACCCGAGGCCAACCCAACGUUCGAGGAGGUGCAAGUACCUCUUCAAGAGCACGUGACGAACACACGGCGAGCAGUCCAGCAAACACUAUCCUCAGUUCAGGUGGGCCUUUAUUGGAGAUACCGGCGGACAAUCCAUCUCUACUAUUGCGUUUCUUUCUUGCAGGAGGCUUGGGUUAGAGUUACAGAAGACACCAGAAAGAGUCUGACUAGUGUGGCUGGAAAGACAAGAAGACAGACAAAUGCCACCCUGUCCUCACUAGGACUGGGAGAGUCAACACAGCAGGUACUGCGAGGCUCGGCGUAUGCUGGAGCUGCUCUGACUGGCCUAUUUCUUGCCAGGAAAAGAUCGUUGUUUAUAAAGAUGAUUUACCCACUGUUGGGGGUGGGGCUAGUGGGCGGAGCCAUCCAUAGACAGGAGCUAUAUGCCCGCUACAGGGAUGCAAUAGAAGGUGGCGAUAGUGGUGGUCUCCGUGGUAAUUGGUCGUCGUGGGAACCGUGGAAGGGGGGUGACAGGGAAUUAAAGUUCAGAUGGCGGAAGACCAGCGGGGCAGAGGAGGGAGAGAAGGAGAAAUAAGUGUCGCUAACUGUUGCCAGGGGAGAUGCAGUAGUUUGUAACUGUGUAUUAUUCAGUCUUCAGUAUUUAUCACGGUAGCAAAUAGUUUUAUUUCUGUCACUGCUUUAUGGUGUUAAUAAUUGUUCAAAGUAGCAGUGGACCCCCCAUCUCACUACAAACUUCAGGCUCCGACUCUUUCUCACUCUGAACUUUCGUUUCCCUUUAUCUCACUCCAAAUGGCAUUGAGAAACAAAA